AUGCCCAAAAAGCGCCAGCGAUUUUACGCAAAGCCAGCCAACUCUGCACAUCAUAGACUUGCAUUAUCUGGGUCUCGUCAACAUGGCGGGUCUGGGGUGCAGGGAUCCGCGUCAGCGACGUCAGUCAACGACCUGAUCAGUCACCUCCGCCGUACACAGACGCCUAGUGCUUCCGAUGAUGAUUCCUCAAGCUCUCAAGUUCCACAGCGCUCAUUUGUGGCUCCACGUUCAGUCCAUCCCGCUCUUCGGGAUGUACUCGAACUCCCCGCGCCGCCGCCGCCGCGACCUCGCCCCGGCGUUCAUCGCACGGUAUUCGGGGUUCGUCCAUUUCGACCAACUGUUGGGCCCCCGGCCCCUGCGAGUUGGCUCUCUGGGAAUAAUGAAUUGGGAGACCAGGGAUCGCAUAGGCGGAUGUUGGGAGAUUUAGGGGAGGAAAUACACCGGCUAAGCCGCCUUCGGGGGCCGCGGUUUCCGGACCAGAGGAGCCUGGUACAUUUGAUGCUGAAAUCCAUGGCUUUGAACUGGAGUUGGCAUGUUGAAUAUGAUGGACCUUUUCUGUCCCAUCUUCCAAAUCAUAUCAAGGAAUUGCUUUUGAGUUACAUUGCUGUCUACGCAAGAGGUUCGCCUCUCGCAGGGCACAUGAAGGGGCUGAAGCCGCUUUUCUUGACCCGGCAAGAUCAGGAUCAAAUUGGCGAGCAGAACCCAGAUUUCAACGAGUCGAGGGUUGUUGACGCGGACUCCAAAAUAGCGCGGUUGGAUCUGGGAAAUGCGCUGGGAAACUGGAUAACUUUAAAGCAGCUCACACACGAGAUGAUGGUCUCGCCAGAUCCAGCUGUGGGUGUCUCAGGUCACGAAAUAGGGGAGGAUGUCCCAAAUUCAUGGGACGAACAUGUUCACAACGGCACUGCGGAGGCUAUACUUGAUCAUUUGCCAGCUCCGCCCAUACCCAAGGCCAUCACCCAGACCCUACGCUUCCCCGAACUCCGUGCUUUAUCCCUGGCACACCCGACUCCUAGUGCUGCGAAUUGGACCGCUCUUCUCAAUCUUCUAGCGCAUUUGCCAACCCUCACUCAUCUCUCGCUUGCGCAUUGGCCUAUACCGUGCCGAAAUCCACGCGCUGCGACCGCUCGCAUUCGCGGCCAAGUGGCCCGCUUCUUGACCCCAGACGCCCUUGACGACAACUGGGCGGAAUCUGCAACUAUCCUUCGCCAGCUCUCUCGUUCGACCUACUGCCUGAAAUGGCUGGAUCUUGAGGGCUGCGGUGAUUGGCUACCAGCCUUGAAAUGGGUUGGAAAAGACCCGGAUGGGUUUCCACAAAGCCCUGAUACUGUUGGCCCGGAGUGGAACAGAUCUUGGAGAGAUGUCGAAUGGCUUGGGAUCGGCACUGGCUUUCUGUAUUCGAAGUCUCAUGACUCGUCGGAGUCUUCUAUCCUUGAAAAUCACCUCCAAAAUGCGCGUGAUGUACUGAAGCACAUUCGGCAAAUAAGGAGGGGGAGGAAAUGGCUCGAAAUCGAGCUGGGGUCAGGGCUACAAGACGUUGAACCUGAGAUGGUCAGAUUGCCGGAUGGGCAGGACUUCUCAGUUUACUUAUGA